AUGGGCUUGUGCUCUUCCAAGGAUCCUCUGGCGCCUCCACCGGCCAAUACGGCGCCUACUGCCGGCGACAAGCGAAGCAAGCAACAAAAGGCAGUGGACCAGACGAAUAACCAGACACUGGCAGACAGUUCAGGGAACGUUCUGUCUGAGAAGGCUGCUGCUCAACGGCAGCAGGAACAACAACAACAAGUGCAGCAGCAGCAGCAGCCACAGCAUCUUACUACCAACGGCCAGAGCCUAAAACCGGGACUGGCUCCCAACUCGACGGCUCAGUCUCGACAACUGUCCGCACAAACGACCAAUGGCAUUAUAUCGUCGCCCAUUUCAACAGAUAAGGAGGUGAAGGUGUUGUUGUUGGGGUCUGGCGAGAGUGGUAAGUCUACCAUUGUUAAGCAAAUGAAGAUCUUGCACAAGAAUGGGUUUUCCGACGAGGAAUUGUACGAGUAUAAACCGUUUGUGUUUAAGAACGUGUUGGAUUGCGUGAAGAACGUUGUCAAUGCUAUCAUUGACCUCCAGCCGGACUUGAUCGCCGAGAAGGGCACCAGCGAGGAGGACUUGGCUGCUAACAUUGCCGGUCCUGUGGGCGAAAGAAAACACAUUUUACGCUAUGACGACCUUAACGAGGUUUUGGACUAUGAAGUGUCUGUUUCAUCUGAAGAACAAUUUAAUCCCUCUGUGGCAGCGAAAAUCAAGACAGUUUAUAACUUCAAGGAGGUUCACGACUUUAUGGAGAGAGAACAGGGCAAGUUUUAUCUUAUUGACUCUACUGACUAUAUGCUUAGCAAUGUGGAGAGAAUUGCCGCUCCUGAUUAUGUCCCUAACCAGUCAGAUAUCUUGCGUACGCGAAAGAAGACUUCUGGUAUUUUCGACUUCCGCUUCCAAAUGAGCGGUGUCAAUAUGCAUAUGUUCGAUGUGGGCGGCCAGCGUUCGGAGCGUAAGAAGUGGAUCCAUUGCUUCGAUAACGUUACCCUAAUAAUCUUCUGUGUUGCACUUUCUGAGUAUGACCAGGCCCUUCUAGAGGAAGAUUCCCAAAACAGAUUGGAAGAGUCUUUGACGUUAUUUGAUUCAGUGGUCAACUCUCGCUGGUUCUCCCGUACAUCCAUUGUGCUUUUCUUGAACAAGAUUGAUGUUUUCGCUAAGAAAUUACCCUUUUCACCUUUGGAGAACUACUUUCCUGACUAUAAUGGCGGUGACAACAUCAACAAGGCCGUCAAGUAUAUCUUAUGGAGAUUCACUCAGGUGAACCGUUCCGGACUUAACAUUUACCCCCAUGUCACGCAGGCUACUGACACAUCUAACAUCCAACUUGUAUUUGCUGCAGUUAAAGAGACAAUCUUGGAGAAUUCUUUGAGAGAUAGCGGUAUAUUGAAUACCUAA